CUUGCCAGCUGUGUGCUGCUGCUCGCGUUGUCCUGCCAAGUCUCUUUGGGAACCCCAGUGCCCACGCCACUGAGUUUGGACUCUGAGAAAUGUGCGCAGUGCGCUAAUCUCUCCAGAGAGCUCGUCAAGAAUGUUAGAAAGCUCCUGGACGAAGUGAGUGACAAUUAUAACUAAUUCAUUUGAACGUUCAAUUAAUAUCUAAUGUAUCCCUCAGUCAGUCAGUCAGUCUGUCUGUAUCUUUGAUAGACUUACAGUUUGUUCACACAGUUUGUGAUUAAUGUAUCCACUUACUAAUUGAAUAAUUUUCCCUUCAUAGGAAAACCUGUUUGGUGGUUUAAACUGCUCAGAGCAGCGCGUGGAGGUAAACCGUAAGACCCAGACAGUCCUAGCCUGCGAACCCAACACGGACAGGGUAAGUCCCACAACAGUCAUUUUCUACAUUCAUAUUAACAUUAUUAAUACAAAAUUAUAAUUUCUCUGCAUUUUAUGUAUUAAUUGAAAUUAAUAAUUAGUAUUUACAGAAUAGUGAUACAAAUUAGUCUAUUGAUUCAUUAUUUUGCUGUAUUUCCUCAGAACACAAGAUGCUCUGGUCAACAGAACACCACAUUUAGUGAGGUAACUAUUGUGUUCAUACAAUAUUGCAUAAUUGUUUAGAGUAUGCUAUUUAAAUCCACAGAUAUAAAAAUAAGUAGUUAGAUCUUUAGACAGACUAUAGAUUUAAUAGUGACUGCAUUUCACAUAAUUCACCCAUUCUUAACUCACCCAUUUCAACUGCUUCCUAUAUGUCCAAUUGGCUGAUCUCUGUCCAUCUUUAUGGUUUCUUCUGACAGAGUGAGUGUCUGAAGAACAUCCGAGCAGACCUCGGACAUUUUGCUGCCUCACUACAGGCUUACAAACAGGCCGACCUCAGCUCCACUGCCCAGGACACCCAGAACCUACUCAAUAAUUGUCCAUCCACACAAGGCGAGCCUUCCUCACAGGUAAGAUUAGAUUUUUCUAUUUCCUUUUUUGUACAGAAAACAUUCCUUCCUUCCCUGAAUUUUCCUUUUUUCUUUUGAUUCAGUUUUCUAAUGACAACAACCGCAUGUAGACAAUUGCAAAACUGUACACAAAAAUGUGUUCCUCUGUGUUUGACAGCACAAAUGUCACUGCUAGUAGGCAUUCACAACUAUGGACUUAAAGUUAGCAUUUUUAUAAACUUCAGUUUUGUUUCCUUUUGCCCUGCAGGUUGCAGACCCUAAGCUGACUAGUGGUGACUCUGUGGACCAGCGGGUCCAUCUGUGUAAGGUACUGAAGGGCUUCCACCUCCGGAUCAUCACCAUUAGCAGAGCAAUGGGCUACAUCUCUGCUGGGGACCACAGGAAGUAAACCCUCAUCUUCAACACCAUCCGAUUCCUCAUCAUCAACUAUAACAAGUACUGACCAUCAUCAUCACCUACAACUGUAACAAGUUCAUCAUCA